CUUUUAUUUUGGUCUGGUGGUGUGACGUCAUAAGACUGCUCCGCGCUUCAGCAUCUGUUGUGAUUCAGAUGGAGAAAGAAAAAAUCCUGGUGAAGCGACUGAGAUCCACAUGAUACACUAUUAUAAAGAUGGAAUGUAUUAAAGAAGAGACUGAAGACUUAAAGAUGGCGUUUAUUAAAGAGGAGACUGAAGACAUAAAGAUUGAAGAAACAUUCAGUGUGAAACAAGAAGAAACUGAGGAACAAACAGACCUGAUGGCACUGAAAGAGGAGAGUGAAGUACUGAAUGAAAUGGAAGAGAAAUAUCAAAAUAAUCAUCAUGAUUUCAUUACUGAAGAAAAACCUUGUAGUUGCUCACAGACUGUAAACACUUCCUCACAAAUGAUAGCUCAAAAGACAGGGACUAGAAGUCAUUUCAGCUGCAAACAGUGUGGAAACAGAUUCAAUCAAAACACAAGCUUUAACAGGCAAACAGAAAUUCACACUGAAAAGCCUUACACGUGUCCUCAGUGUGGAAAGAGUUUUUAUCAUAAAGGACACUUUAAAGACCACUUGGUAGUUCAUACUGGAGAAAAGCCUUUCACCUGCCAACACUGUGGAAAACGUUUCACCCGAAAAGAAACUCUUAAUUACCACAUGAGAAUUCACACUCAAGAGAACUUUUUCACUUGCCAAAAGUGUGGAAAAAGUUUCACCCGAAAGGCAAGCCUUAACAGGCACAUGGAAAUACACAUUGAUAAGUCUUACUCGUGUCCUCACUGCGGAAAGAUGUUUUAUCAUAAAGGACACUUUGUAGACCACUUGGUUGUUCACACUGGAGAGAAGCCUAUCACCUGCCAACUGUGUGGAAAAGGUUUCAGCCGAAAAUCAACUCUUAAUUACCACAUGAGAAUUCACACUGGAGAGAGGCUUUUCACCUGCCAACAGUGUGGAAAAAGUUUCACUCAAAAAGGAAGUCUUAAUUAUCACAUGGUAGUUCACACUGGAGAGAAGUCUUUCACCUGCCAACAGUGUGGAAAAAGUUUCACACGAAAAGAAAGUCUUAAGUAUCACAUGAGAAUACACACAGGAGAGAGGCUUUUCACCUGCCAACAGUGUGGAAAACGUUUUACCCGAAAAGGAAGGCUUGAUUACCACAUGAGAAUUCACACCGGAGAGAAGCCCUUUACCUGCCAACAGUGUGGAAAAAGUUUCAACCAAAAAGGAUGCUUUAACAGGCACAUGAGAAUUCACACAAGAGAGAAGCCCUUUACCUGCCAACAGUGUGGAAAAAGUUUCAACCAAAAAGGAAGCUUUAACAGGCACAUAAGAAUUUACACAAGAGAGAAGCUGCUUAUAUGUGGUUAAGGUGGAAAGAGUUUCAAAUGUAAAGAAACCCUUGAGUAAUACAUGAGGAUUCAUGUAUGAACGGUUUAUAUGUCUUUAGUGUGGAAUGAGUUUUACAGACAGGAAACACCUCAGGAAUUAUGUAAUUACUAUAACAGAUGUUGUUUGUUAAAACGUACAGUAUCUGUAUUUAGCAUGAUUUUCAAUGCUUGUGGCCUUAAAGACAAAGGGAAUGUAUUGAGUGUGGAAUCUGUCUAAAAUUGAUGCCAGACUACGUCCUUAACUACGGUGGCCCAGUAGUGCACAACACAACUAAACUGAACAAGCAAACAUAAGUUCACAACACAUCGGAAAAAGCCACAACACAACGGAAAUACUCCCGACCACUAGGGGUCUCUAUGAGCUCAAAGUUAGUUUUCCUUGCCACUGUUUUGCAGUCGGCAGUUUUACAAAGAUAUAAAUACCACGAUUAGGUUUAACAGUAUGCAACCACUGUAUAUCGAUGUAACACAGUUCAUAUGUACGGGAAGAAGGAGGCGGGAACCGGUGAACAUUCAACAAAACUUUAAUUCAAAAUAAACAAAGAACAAAACGAAAGUAAUGCCGGCAGACCCUCGCGGACGUCUGCUGGCCACACAAACAUAA